GUCACGGUGGGUUCCCUGGGCACAGGGAUGGGCAGCAAUGCCAGCGGCACCACUGGCAUUGCUGGUGCCCAGGGUCAACCAUUGGUCAUGCCAGGAUUCCCACUUCGAGCAGCAACCGUGCCCCAUUAUUCCCCAUACUCGCCGUCUCGUUUCCAUAUCGACAAGCGAUGUCAGCACAGGUGCUCCUGGAAAUGCUUCUCCAUCGUCCUGAUACUCCUCGCCGUAAUUCUCACUGCCAUGCUCGCAUACUUCGCCGCUGUGAGUUCCAUGAGACCAAUUGAUAGUACUAAUUGCAUCCUGGUCCAAGACGCUAACGCUGUUACCCACGAGAAUAUCCGUAUGCACGACCAAGCCUCCACCCAGCUCCCCACGGAAGAGUCCCUGCCAACGAGCACAGCGGAGCAUUCGAGCGCUGCUGAUAGCGCCAACGAUCAGCAGAGCGAUCCCCAGAUCCAGCAAUCGGCCCAGCAAUGGCCGGCCGUCCUGGAGCUGCAGGCAUACAACGUGGCCCACUCCGCGGUUAUCCCGCCUUAUCACUUCUGGAACACGGAGUUCCGGAACAAGCAGCCUGCCUUCGUGAGACUGAACCUCACCCUACCAUGGGGAGCCAAUUUCGCAGUCUACGGUAGGCGCAAUGUCGCUCCCAGCGUGACGCAGUACGACUUCGUGGAGUUCGUCAAAGGUGGACGAGUGGACCACAGAUUGAAGAGGGACCUCUCCUCCGAGGCGGUCAGCUUCAUGGAAGACCCGCUGUCCAGCAGGAUGGACGCCGUUCGCAGUUACAGGACCUUUCCCUACAUGCACGUCGUCGUCAAGAGGACCAUCAUCGAGCCCAUGCAGGUCAACGUCAGCUUGCUCCAGUACCUGGACACGGGCCGGUGGUUCCUCUCCGUCUACAACGACGAACUCCAGUCCUACAAAGUCACCCUGGUCGUCACGGAAGCCGAGGGGGUCUCUACCACCUGCCCCAACGACUGUUCCGGACGUGGUUCCUGUUACCUGGGGAAGUGCGACUGCAUCGACGGCUACCAGGGAGCUGACUGCAGCAAGAGUGUGUGUCCGAUUCUCUGUUCCUCCCACGGGCAAUAUGGCGGCGGGGUCUGCCACUGCGAGGAUGGCUGGAAAGGCACCGAAUGCGACAUCCCAAUUGGAGAUUGCCAAGUUCCCGACUGCAACCAACACGGACAGUGCGUGCGGGGAUCCUGUGUGUGCAACACCGGCUGGAAGGGAAAUUUCUGCACCGAACCUGACUGUCCUGACCCCAACUGCAGCGGCCAUGGGGCGUGUGUCACUGGGAAGUGCUACUGCAAAGCCGGUUGGCAGGGGGAAAGGUGCAACCAAAUCGACCAACAGGUCUACCAAUGUCUGCCAGGGUGUUCCGAACAUGGGACCUACGACCUGGAAUCGGCAGCCUGCAUCUGCGAGGAACAUUGGACAGGAGUGGACUGCUCCCAGCCGAGCUGCGGUCUGGAUUGUGGACCCCAUGGAUCCUGCGAACAAGGACGCUGCAAGUGCCAUGACGACUGGGCAGGCACGAAGUGUGACCAGAAACCAUGCGACCCUAGAUGCGCCGAGCAUGGUCAGUGCAAGAAUGGGACCUGUGUGUGCAGCCAGGGAUGGAAUGGCAGACACUGCACUCUGCCUGGUUGCGAGAAUGGCUGCAGCCGCCAAGGACUGUGCACUUUGCAAGAUGGGGAGUACAGUUGCAGAUGUUCCACAGGAUGGGCUGGAAGGGAUUGCAGCAUACGCAUCGAAAUGGAAUGCAGCGAUGGCAUUGACAACGACCAAGAUGGAAUGGUAGACUGCUUCGACAGCGAGUGUUGCACCCACUCGUCCUGCGUCGAACACAUCAUGUGCCUUUCCAGCAGCGACCCUGUGGAAGUUCUCCUCCGAAAACAGCCACCCAGCGUCACGGCGUCCUUUUAUCAGCGCGUCAAGUUCCUUAUCGAGGAGAAGAGUGUCCAGAGCUACGCACACAAGGACGAGUACAGUGAAAGUGCGUUCUGGAGUUCCUUUACACCGCGCCGAGUUGCGGUGAUGCGAGGUCAAGUAGUUACGGAGCAAGGACUUGGAAUUGUCGGCAUCAGAGUUUCCGUCGACAAAAACGGCCGAUUCGGGUUUACCCUGACAAGAUCCGAUGGCUGGUUCGACGUCCUGGUCAACGGGGGUGGAGCGAUCACGCUUCAAUUCCAACGUAACCCUUUCAACCCUCUCACGAGGACGGUAUUCGUGCCGUGGAAUCAAAUAGUAGUUUUACCCCCCAUCGUAAUGACUAUCAGCGAAGAGGGGGAAACAUAUAAAUCGCAUAGAUUACCGAGUCCAGCCGCGGGCUUCCCAAGUCUGUCCAUGGGGUUGUUCGGAGAACAUGGACCCUGUCUGGAACACGACCAUGAAACUCUUCGUCCGAUCAUAGUUGGAACAUGGAUGCCGGAGAAAAUUGGAGGGCUGCCUGGAAAGAGUCUGGUGUUUGCGGAAAGUCAGAUCGUCCAGGAGAGCAUCCCUAUCCCGGGAUCAAAUGUCCACCUAAUGUACCAAAGCAGCCAAGCCCCAGGUUACCUGUCCACAGUCAGGAUGCAGUUAACAGGAACAACCAUACCCAAGUCCUUGACCCACGUUCACGUUUACGUGGAGAUCGAAGGAUCGGUUAACACGAAAACCUACGAGGCGGAUCCCAACCUGACGCACACCUUCGCCUGGAACAAGCGAAACGUGUACAAGCAGAAGGUGUACGGCGUCGCCCAGGCGAGGAUCUCCAUCGGGUACCAGCACUCCACGUGCCCAUCCAUCAUCUGGGAGACCCAAACAGCGACGAUGCAAGGAUUCGACGUGGACAUCUCCGAGAUCGGAGGCUGGGGCCUGGACAUCCACCACCAUUACAACUUCCACGAGGGAAUCCUGCAAAAGGGGGACGGCUCCACGUUGCACUUCAAACAGUACCCAAGAACAGUGAAGGUGGUGAUGGGCACCGGGAUGCAGAGGAACCUAAUCUGCCAGAACUGCGACGGCUUGGCAAAGGACGCUAAAUUGUUGACGCCAAUUGCGCUGACCAGCGGAUCGGAUGGGAGCAUCUACGUAGGGGACUUCAACCUCGUCCGUAGGAUCACCCCCGAAGGGAACAUCUACACCGUGCUGAUCCUCAGUGCGACCCAAGUUUCCUACCAGUACUACCUAUGCGUCUCCCCAGCCGAUGGGCACUUGUACAUCAGCGACCCCGAGAAGCAUCAGAUUCUGAAGACUCUCUCCCUGGACCAAGUUCCAGACCCCAGCAUCAACAUCGAGCCAGUGGUUGGAAGUGGGGAGCGAUGCAUCCCCGGGGACGAAGGGCACUGCGGAGACGAAGGCCCAGCUAUUAGGGCGAAACUAGCUCACCCAAAAGGAAUCGCCAUCGCCGCCGACAAGACGAUGUACAUCGCUGAUGGCACCAACAUCAGAGCGGUGGAUUCCUCGGGGAUGAUCCAUACGUUAGUUGGUCAUCAUGGGCACCACAACCACUGGUCACCAGCACCUUGCGUGGGUGCGGUUCCUGCUCACCUAGCCCAGCUCCAAUGGCCGACUGGUCUAGCUCUGAGUCCCCUGGAUGGAUCCCUACAUUUCAUCGACGAUAGGCUCGUUCUGAAGCUGACCAGCGACCUGAAGGUGCGCGUCGUGGCGGGGACCCCGCUGCACUGCACCAGCAACGCCAACACCGGCGACAUGUCCAAAAUGAACGCAACGAUGGCCAGCAACGCAAAGAAGCCGGACGAAGUGUUGGGUUCCGUCCUGGCGGUUGGGUUUAGCCCAACCGGAGACCUGUACAUUGCGGAUAGCGACUCUCACCGAGUUAAUUCCAUCAGAAUCGUGGAUUCCUCCGGGAAGAUGUCCUACUACGCUGGCCAGCAGCAAGAGAGGCUGCGGGGUCAGUGCGAGUGCAACAGCACGACUCCCAGCACUAAGGAUCCGGAUUUCUGCACCUGUACCGAUGAUGCCAGCAGUGCUGAGACGUUGCUGUCGUCCAAUGCCAAAUUCACCACCAUAUCUGCACUUACGGUGUCGCCUGAUGGGGUGUUGCAUGUGGCUGAUCAAGGCAGUCUUCAUAUCUUGGCCCUGCAACCUUAUCUUCCUAACCAUGACGAGACUGGGGAGUUUCACAUCCCGUUUCCGCCGUCCAAGGAGGUCUACGUCUUCAAUCGCUAUGGCCAGCACGUUGCUACGAAGGACCUCACCUCGGGCAAGACCAGAUACGCCUUCCUGUACAGCAAGAACAUCAGCUUUGGGAAGUUGUCCUCGGUCACCGACAGCGCUGGGAACAAGAUUCGCUUCCUGAGGGACUAUAGUAAUGUUGUCAGCUCCAUUGAAAAUACUCAGGACCAUAAGUCGGAGCUGAAGAUCUCCGGCGUGGGGUUCCUGGUGAGACUGUCGGAAAGAGGGAGGUCCAUUCUCACUUUGGACUACGAUAGCUCGACUGGACUGCUCACGAGUCGAUCGCAAGGCGGCGAAACCUGUAUAUAUAAUUACGACGGUCUAGGACGCGUGACGGAUGUCAUCUUACCAACCGGAGAGACAAUAAAGUUGACUUCCAGCUUGUCCGACGAGGAGGGACUGUCGGUGAGAAUAUCGGCGCCUCUUCAAGCUCUAGCCAAAGGGGACAAGCAACGAUUCAUCGGAUACACGAUGAAGAGCGAGAAGUCGAAAACACUUACGAUCACUGACGGCACCAAGGUUAAAAAAGCCACGGCAUUCACCAACAGCAGUUUGGAAAUGUUCCUUCCUGGAGGGGGCAGGAUGCUGACGGCGGCCACUGCGAAGCAUCCGUUGCUGGAAGCAUCCUUGCCAGUGGAAGCUGAAAUGUUGCCGAUGUGGAGUUACCAGGUGAUGACUCUAGGAGAACUCACGAAUUCAAUGUCCACGGUGUACAGCCUCGUCGGGGACGUGAGCCACUUCCAGCAGACGCUGAACCGGGAGAUCUGGGUGAACGACACCAGGGUGAUAGGGAUGGAGUUCGAGCAAGCCUUCAGUCGCGAGACCUUCUACGACAAGGCAAGGAUUCCGCUUCUGACGGUGACCUUCGACCUGGCGGGACUGCCGCUAAACUGGCACCCCCACGAGCACGGUCACAACCUGAGCAUCAGCUACGACAGCUUCAAUCGCCUGAAGAGCUGGAAAUGGGGUCCAUCGAGCGAAGAGUACAGCUACGACCGCCAUGGCCAGCUAUCCGAGAUCAGCACCCAAGAUGGCACCGAACGGUACAUCUACAACGACUUCAACAUGCUGUCGAAGAUCACCUUGGCCAGCGACCGGCACUUCUCGUUGCAGUACGACGACGAUGGAGGCCUGCGACACAUCAUCCUGCCUUCUGGAACGAAACAUUCCUUCUCCUGCCAGGCCUCCCUGGGUUUUUUAAGGAUCACCUACACCCCUCCCGGGAGUUCCAAAGCCUACCUUCAGCACUACAGUCACGAUGGUCACCUUCUUCAGACGGUGUUCCCUGGCGAUGGUGCCCGGAUAGUGUACAGGUACCACACAUCAGGCCAGAUCGCCGAGGUGGUCCAUGGAGAUGGAAAGAGCGAGAUCAGGUACAUGGACAACGGACUGCCAUCGGAAGUCAUACACACGGAAAGGGAUGUGGAGUACAAGUGGGAUUACCAGUACAAUGCUGGUCUUCUCGUGGAGGAGCGGAUCGACUUUGGAGCCAAGACCAGUCUCAGCAACGCCAAGUUCACCUUCGACUAUGACUCGAAUUUCAGGGUCGUGGCUGCUCAGGGCAGGAUAGGAGGUCAGACUCUUCCUCCUCAUGUGUUGGCCUACAACUCCAAAACGGGGACCUUGGAGCAGAUCGGGCAGUUCAAGGUGACGAAGCCCCAGCCGAACGAAACCACCGUGUUCGAUGGUACCGCCAUAUUCUCCAGGAUCACCGACGGUCGGUUCCUGGAGAUCCAGGUGACGGUGACCAUCCAUCGACUGGAGGUCUUCCGCAUGGAGUUUGGCCAUGACUCCCAGGGACGCAUCAAUCAGACGAGGACGUACACCAGGAACGUCGGGGUGAACACUUACACGAACGUUAAGAACUACACUUGGGACUGCGAUGGUCAGCUGACUGGGGUGGAGGCGCAGGAGCCUUGGGGCUUCAAGUACGACGACAACGGGAACAUGUUGUCGUUGACCUACAGGGGGAACACCAUCCCCAUGGAGUACAACGCCAUGGACAGGAUCGUCAAGUUCGGCGAGGGCUUGUACAAGUACGACAACAGGGGCUUGGUUGUUCAGAACGCUAGAGAGGAGAGGUUCAACUACAACGCCAAGGGCCUUCUGAUUCGAGCCACGAAGAGAGGACGCUUCGACGUGCGCUACUACUAUGACCACCUAGAUCGACUCGCUACCAGGAAGGACAACUACGGGAACAUCACCCAGUUCUUCUACAACAACCAGCAGAAACCACACGAGGUCAGCCAGAUCUACAGUCCCCGAGACGGGAAGCUGAUGUCGCUGGUGUAUGACGAUAGAGGAUUCCUCAUUUACGCACAAGUGUACAGACAUAAAUACUACAUAGCUACCGAUCAAUGCGGGACGCCGAUCAUGAUCUUCAACCAGUAUGGCGAAGGCAUCAGAGAAAUCAUGCGAUCCCCUUACGGACACAUCGUCUACGACUCGAAUCCUUACCUAUACCUUCCCGUGGACUUCUGCGGUGGUCUCCUGGACCAGGUGACGUCACUGGUGCACAUGCCUAACGGAAAGGUUUACGAUCCCCUGAUUGGCCAAUGGAUGUCCCCGCUUUGGGAGAACGUGUUGGACCGACUGGAGUCGCCAACACAUUUGCAUCUGUACAGGUUCAAUGGGAACGACCCCAUAGAUGUCAGGCAGACGGAGUACCGGACGCAGCCAACAGACCACGUAUCCUGGCUGUCGCACCUGGGGUACGACCUGAAGAGCCUGGCGCCCCAGCUCUUCCCAGACGAGCUGCCAGGCAUCCAAGCCCCACCUCCCCUAGGUCCUGGUGCGGCGACCUUCAGCACCAAGAACCGAACCCGCCACCUAGGGGUGCAGUCAGGGUUCCUAGCGCACAUCGCACAAAGGCAUUCCGGCGACGCAGCAGGAUUGUCGGCUCCACCUAGGUCAGCCCUGAAGAAGGACACCCGGGACCUGAUCCCAGUUCGUCUAGGAGCCGCCUCGGACCCACCCUUUGGAAAGGGGAUCCUAGUAUCUCGCACAGCCGGCGGCCAGGCAGUGGUGUCCAGCGUGUCCUCCGCCAACACCAUCUACAAGGACGUCUUCACGUCGGUGUUCAACCAGUCUUACUUCCUGCCGUUCACGUUCGUGGUGCACAACGCCCAGCAGGACGCCUUCUACUUCGUGAAGGAGGAAACCUGGCGAGCCAGCGAGGACCGGAACCAGCUGAAGCGCCUAGGAGGCCAGGUGAACACAACCUUCCACGAGAGCGAGAACGGCAGUGGUAGCAGCUCCCUCAUAGACGCCAAGAUCCACACCCCGAGUGCUGUGGUGAACCUGCGGUAUGGAACCACGGCCGAGAAGGAGAAACAGAGGCUGUUGCACCACGCGAAAAGUGUCGCCAUCCGCAAGGCCUGGCACCGGGAGAAGGAGGCCCUGAAGACGAACGUCCUGACGACCAUCGAGUGGAUGGUCGUGGAGCAGGACGAGAUCCUGAAGGCUGGCUCUGCCUCCAACUACGAGGGCGAGUACAUCCACGACGCACAAGUCUACCCGGAGCUGGCGGAGGAUCCGUACAAUAUUAGGUUUGUUAAGAAGUUCGCGGAUCCGGCCAACAAGAAGAGGCGCAGGAGGAGAGAAGCUCCGGCCUGCAAGCUCUGGUGGUUGGACAGAUUUUGCUAACUCGGGCCAGGACCGUCCGCGAGAACGAUCUUCACGAUCGGCUAGCUCUGUACGAGAUUAGGCGCGAUAUAAAAAGAUUUACAUAUACACGCACUGAGCGCGAGCGAGGGAGAGACAGAGACAACGAGAGAAUGCGACGGUGCGAAUGUGCGGAGAGAAGUUAAGCCGCGGUUAACGCAGCACUCUAUUUACACACACAAACACAUUGAACACUAUCAAAAGUUUUAUACCAAAGUCUAUUUGUGUAUUUCAAAGAUGCCAAACACUAAUGUUAUAUUACCGUAAAUAGGGUAUAGUGGUAAGACUUAGAAUAUGCGUGGUCCGCGAUGAUGUCCACGAGCUAACGAGACUGAUCUAGAGGAGGACUCUGGACUCGCGACAUCUCGCUCUUCGGCAACCGGGACUUUUUUCUACAACAUGCAAGAAGUGGGCUUCAAGGACGCGGGAUUGUAUAGACGGGAUGCACUCGAUAAAGUGCGUCGAGUUAAACAAGAAAGCAGAGCGAGGUGCCGCGAGAUUUCACCAUGACCUGCCCUGACGGUGACGAUCUAGAGACGUUCGUCCGGACUAGUCGAGUUCUUCGUCAUCCGUGAUCAGGAUAGCCCGGAAACAUUCCAAAAGUGCAUUUUGGAUGAACGUCUCCGGAAGUUUAGCGACCCCUGGGGCCGUCAGGGUGGCGGAACCGAGCACUCCUGGCCAUUCGUUAUCGAGGUGGGUCAAACGAGAGAACCUAGUCAAUACAUAGCUUUAGGUUGUCACGUAGAAACUAGUAAGAUAAAGAGGAGAAGAAGGUCGCGACUCGUACCCGCACCGCCACCACGAGGGAGCUCGACGUGAUAGAUGGAGGAACGAUUCGAUUGGAUGUCGAAGAGGUGAUGAUGGAGCUGAUGAUCAUCAGCAUUCGACCUGGGUGCCUCCAGAGACCUCGAACGAUGAUGAGGUUUCUAUGGAGGCCUUCAGGUUGGAACACACAACCCACGUCGGCAUGUUAAUGAAGCUGAUGAUCAUCAGCGUUCGACCUGGGUGCCUCCAGAAACCUCGAACGAUGAUGGGGUUUCUAUGGAGGCCUUCAGGUUGAAACACACAACCCACGUCGGCAUGUUAAUGAAACUGAUGAUCAUCAGCGUUCGACCUGGGUGCCUCCACAGACCUCGAACGAUGAUGAGGUUCCUAUGGAGGCCUUCAGGUUGAAACACACAACCCACGUCGGCAUAUUAAUGAAGCUGAUGAUCAUCAGCGUUCGACCUGGGUGCCUCCAGAGACCUCGACCGAUGAUGAGGUUCCUAUGGAGGCCUUUAGGUUGAAUAACACAACCCAUGUCGGCGCGAUGGUGAAGACGAUCAUCAGCGUUCAACCUGGGUGCCUCCAGAGACCUCGAACGAUGAUGAGGUUCCUAUGGAGGCCUUUAGGUUGAAACACACAACCCAUGUCGGCGCGAUGGUGAAGACGAUCAUCAGGGUUCCUCCACACACCUCGAGCUCCCAGGAACGAAUGGACCGACCACUGGCUGGUUUCGGUUCUCGUCGCAGAUUCGCGGGACCCCGCAGAUUCCUACGAGCGGUCGCUGCGCCGCCGCCUCGCACACACGAGCUAUCUUAACUUGGUCACUACGUUUAAGUGUUAGGGCGGGAGACUCGGCGAGAUGUAUCAUAGCGGUGCUUGAUGCGAGUGUGGUGGGGGAUCUGGUGCAAUGUCGACGGCGGGCCGAAGCGUACCGGCAGCUUAGUGAGACUAACCGUAUUUUUAACAUGGAUGUAUCGUACCCUAGGGCUAGCGUCCACGUCCCGAGAGCGCGCCGUGCGGUUCCUGUGUGUCCGAGGCCCUAAAAAGACUCCCACGACCCAGGAAAAAAUCCAGAGCCAAAAAGGCAUGAACUGGAGUACAGCCUCGCAUUACCGACGCCUUUAAACCCAAACAACUGGAACUACCCACUGACCGAGUAACCACUCAAAGACACCACACAACCUUGACUCUAGAAGAACCCACGACACCGUGGUCCCUAUCCAGCAAAGGUCCAUUAACGGAGACGAAGGAGCUGGAAUUAACGAUGCCUUCGUAUUCAAGUGACUCCACGUGGCUAACCUCAAAUCGCACGGCCCUCUCCCCCGAACUCGUCGUUGUCGGUAUACGUGCAUGUACGCGCAUAUAAGGAUCCCACCGAGGUAUUUACGCUUCGCCGAGUGCCAGGGACAAAGGACCAAAGUCGCCAUUCGUCCCUGGACUCUGGCGCGACCCGUCUGUGUAUUAUCUGGGCCAAAGCCUCUCCCGACGCAAAUGGCUCCCCUCCUCGUCCGUCGCCGAAACGUUUCACGCCACGAUUUGCAUUCGGCUUGGUGCCCGGUCGCAGGAGCAGCAUCUCCUGGUACCCAGACAUCCUGCCGCGGCCGGGUGGUAUUACUAUUCAAUGUAUAAAUAGAGGAUAGGCAAGCUUCGUAAUGUAUUUUUGACUCAACGGUAUUUAACGAAACUGCGGUCCAAGAUGGCCGCCGAGGCGCGACCGUCGCGCGCUCUGCCGGUCGUCGGCUCGCUACGGAGACGUCCGGGAUUUCGCCGCGCAUCCUCUCGCGCGCAUCUUCUCCUCUCUUCUCGUAUUUUCCUCUCUUUUCUUCCUCGGAUGGUACUUUGAGGUUAACUGGUCCAUCUAGUCGUCCCUAAAGUGCCGUCUCACUUUUGUGAAACUUUUCACCGAGUUGAAUGUACCGAAUCGCUUUAAAAUUCACUAUCUGAAUAUGGAGGUCCUCGCGCCCUUUAGAUUUAAAUUCUGAGGUAAUUUCUUUACGGCUAUUCUCGACAUUUAUUAUGGGAAAUGAAGUUUCGGGAGUCUGGAGACCUUCGUUAGAACCUCCUUAAUCACCUGUUAGAGUUUCGGAUUAUUCUACGCACCCGUUUGGAGAGAAGUUGUAUAAAUGCUUUCACGUUCCGAGAUGUACAGAAUGCCCCUUUCGUGUCACCUUAAGAGGCUUCGUUUAUAAAGCUUUUCUCCGAGUCGAAUCCACGGAAUCGUUUCAAACUCCACAAAGUGAAUAUAGAGGCUCUAAGGAAGGUGCGGACGCCCAUGAAAUUACAUUUUUUAUAUAUAAAAUUUUGCAGUGUCUAUAAAUAAAUUAGAAAAAAGAAUUGACACCACGGGGGGUCAGGACCUCCCUCAUAGACCCCAUAUUCAUAUUGCGGAGUUUGAAACCAUUCUUUACACCCGGGAUUACCUGAAUUAGAAAUAGGGUUGACAUAACCUCUCGUACACGGUAAAUCUCCGGAAAUGUGUUGUGUGGUGUGUUGGAAGUAAUGGGGAAACUUGGUAGGAAGGAAAGGGAAAGAAAUGCGCGGUAAGGUCAAGGAGAGAAGGAAGGGCGCGAAAGAAGAUGGCGCACCUUGGAAUAAACGGAGAAGGGAUGCAUUCCACGUUUAGUCUAUCGUCGAAUUAAGAUACUAUGGGAAUCAAGGUAAAGAUCGUAAACGGGGGACAGGACGACCGAGCACGGCUCAGCUGCACCGGCUACUCGAUCGCGAGGUAACCUAGGUAGACGCUAAUUCGCCGCUGAUGUCUAAUUGUUUACCGUCACGUGUCGCUGUAAACCUGAAACAACCUAAUAACGAUAUAUUUUUAUUUAUACGAUCUACUCGACUGUAUUUACUGUAAAUAGUCACGAUGUUUGCUAUGAUAUGUCAGUCAUUGGGCGAGACGAGACCCCGGAAUCCCGCAUCCCCAGGCGCCACCCUGAAGAGAGUCAUCGUAGACCCCACGGAACCCAAAGCAAACGCGAUCGGCCUGGCAGAUCGUCAAAUGUCAAUACUAAAGUCUCCUGGUUGGUCGAAUCUUCCUACGAGGAAAAGAAACCUAGUCGUAGUGGAGAUAGGUAUGCAAAUGUCCUUGUACUUGGUGCGAAACGCAACCGAGUCCCUAAUCCCAGUUCGGGUCGUUUCUUUUCCCCUAGGAAGACUCCUUAUGUCAAUACUAACGUCUCCUGGUUGGUCGAAUCUUCCUACGAGGAAAAGAAACCUAGUCGUAGUGGA